GCCCAAGAAGCAGAAGAGGACGAACAGGUCAGCAUCCUACCAGACGCAGUCUUGGGAUGGAUGUUGUUGGAAAAGUCCGGCCUCGACACCAUGGAGAAGAGCAUCAUCCAGGGAGAGGUGAAGGGCAACUUCACUUUAGCAGGCAUUGAGAAUGCAUUGAGAGCUCACUGGGCCGACGACGCCAUCAAGAAGAGAGAUGGAGAGGGACGACAUUCCUCCCUAUUUCAAGGAGAAGAGGAUGAUGAAGAGUAUGAAAUGCCAUUGGACGAGGCAGACGCCUUCUAUGAGGGAUGGACUGAACGAGAAAAAGCUUGGUAUCAAGAAGCCAAGGAAGAUGAGCAGCAUGCUUGGCUGCAGAUGCAAGAGCAAAACGCACCUUGA